AUGUCGCAGCCAGGCUCGACCGAGCCGGUGACGGCCUCUCAUCUGGUCUCGACCAGCGCUCCCAAUGACAAACCCACACUCGCUCCUCCGAUAGCCCCAUCCGACGACGAGGCAGAAGAGGGCGAGAUCUUCGAUGAGGAAGAAGGUGAAAUCCCAGAAAGCCUCGCCGCUGAACCCGCAGUCUUUCACGCUGCGCCGACGCAGCCAGCAUCGUCCGCUGUUGCUGAGCCAGCUCCAGACGCACCAAAGCAUCCUUCCACAUCCGAAUUCCCGGCCAGCGAUGCCGUUGAGGAAGACGACAAGCAGCAGGAUAGCUCGACAUCUCAGUCUGCUGCGGAGGCGCUGCAUAGUGUUCCCAUCCAGGCCAGCGCUGAGACGUCACUGCCCGUCGAGUCCACAGAGCCAGCGUCGGAACCAAGUCAAGCUCCACCUCAAUUCAUGUCAGCGUCCACCUUCGAAGAGAAGAGCCCAAAAGAAGCAGUCCAGGAUUCGGUGGCAGAACUCACCAUUCUCGACGUUGCCGCUCCGGCUGCGCUAAAGGAGGCAGUGACGCAGUCUCAGGAGCAUGCUGAAGAAAACCCCACAUCGAAAGAGUCCGAAGACCCGAGCACGCCCAAGCUCCCGGGCGCAGAUGCACCCAAGCCAGAAGCCCCGACCCCCGCUACAGCCACGGUUGAGGAGCAAAGCCAUGACUACGCGGUCGACAAGACUACGCAAAGCAUCGGAGACGCCCAAAUGGUCACCGAAGUCCCGUCCACGGCGGGAGCGCAACUUACAGGAGGCGCUUCCGAGCCUGCGCCUGCCGAGACAUUGUCCCAAGCAGACGAGCUAUCCGACAUGGACGUAGACGAAAAGGUCGCCGUUCCGGCGCAUCCUGCAUCGGAAGAAAGUGAGAAGUCUGCUGAUGCUGCGCUGGAGCCUAUGCAAGUUGACGACUCUGUCCACACGCCAGCUGUUCACACUCCAGCACCGCCGUCGGAUGGCCCCGAAGUUCCAGCAGCAGCAGAGCCGGUCAUUGAGACCGCUGCCGAAGAGCAUCAGGAGGAAGAAGCAACAGCACACGAUUCCGCCCCAUCUCCACCACCUGUCAAGAGCGAACCGCAUGCGGAGGCCGGCGAGCCAUCGCAGUCAAAAGCAGCACAAGUGUCCGAAACGGCGCCAUCCGAGCCCGUCGAAAUCGCCCAACCUGAACCUGAAAAGCAGCCUCACAAAGAAGAGUCCAACAGGGCCGAUUUUGGUCCACGUGCAGAGACGACCAACGAGCAAGAGAUGCCAUCCGAGGCACGUCGACGAUCUACCACCCCUCGAUUUGCUGCAGUCGCUUUCUUCUCGGAUGCUUCAAAACCCGAAGAGGUGCAACGUCAUGCGACUGUGGAGAGGGACGACCCAUCGGCAUCAAGGACCUCCGAAGCGGAACGCGCUCGAUCAAGAGCCGCCAACAGAGGCUCGGCUGCACCCAGCACCGGUCAAGAGAGGCGUCUCGAAAGGGAGAGGACCAAGGAUCGAUCCCACCCUCCUGAGCAUUCGCAGGACCGUGAGCAGCGAGCCCGCGAGAAAGAUCGACGACGCGAGCUCGAACGCCUGGAGCGCGAACGAGAGCGCGAGCGCGAGCGCAUCCGCGACUCCGAACGCGACCGCGAGAUGAUGAUCGCUCGCGAGAACGAAGAGGCUCGACUCAUCUGGCUUUCACUGCCCGGCAAUGAUCAUCCGCAAUAUUACACAGACACGGACUCCGAUUCUUGCUACGGAGUUGGUGGGGCUCUCGGGGUCGAUCUCACCGAUGAAGAGGACAAGGAUUUGAAUCCGCCCUAUCCUCUGUCUCUGCAAGAGUAUCACCCGGCGCCCUCCUACUCGCAGUCUUACUACGACGACUCGUACUACAGCUCGAAGCGCAAGCGCAUCGACGAUGCUAUCGAGAUUGACUUUGCUGGUUCGUCCCGUCGCAACCGUCGCAAACCCAUGUCCAAACCUUCCGACGUGGAUCGUCCGGCACCGUCAAGCUCGGUGUCGGUGCAGCGUUUGCCUUCGACCGUCAUGAUCGACAUUGACGAUUUCCCUGUUCCGGACUCGAGCAUUCGUUCUGAGCCAUCCGAUCGACCUUUUGCCAGCAGGCUGGAUCGUACUUCCCUGCCCCGGAUAUCGCCCUAUAACCGGUCGGAGGAAGCGGAUGAAGACUUUGAAAGCUCCGAUUCCGAUGAAGAGGCAAUGCGCAUCGCCGAAGAACGUAAGCGACGACACGGCAAUCGAGGAGGCAAUCGAGGCAACAAGCUCUCUCGCGAUAAGGGAGCUCGGUGGGUGCGUCGAGGCAAACUCGGCGGCUGGACCGAGAUGCGCAUGGAAAAGGAGAUUGGAGAUCGUGUGCGACACCGCGUCGAAGCGAUGCAGAAGGACAACGUGCGCGCACUCUUGUCCGCGAUGCCAGAGGAAGACAAAGCGAUGCUGGCGCAAUUCCCUGCUCUUCGCAACGGUCUGAUACCGAGCGAGGCUCCCAGCAACGCGAGAAGAGAUGCGCGAGGCCGGCUCCUGGCAUCGGACGUUUCUGAAGCAGCGCGCAUCGAUGCUGAGCUUGGGCUCGACGGUGCUGCGAUCGGUUCGAGUGGAACCGAACAUCUCACUUCUACGUCGCUCGCACCGACACUUCUCAAGCCGGCCAUCACGCCGAGGCAGCUGCUGACGAGCCACACGCUUCGUCACACCUUCCGCAAUCCUCACAUUGCGGCACUGGGCAAGACAGCGCUAGAUCUGAUCGAGAGCGAAGGCGUGGUGGGACGUGCUGUCGGUCGAUGCUGGGCCGCCAUGGAGCGUGGUGGCUGGAACGAGGAUCCUGAGCCGAAAGGCGACGAGGUCGAAGAGGUCGAUGACUCUCAUCACCAGAACGGUGUCAACGGCAUGGAUAUCGACGGAUCGGACGCGGAAGGCUCUACGCGACACCGCGGCGAGGAUGGCGGUGCAAAUGGGGCAUCAACGAGCGUGUUCGGCUCGGCGAUCGACAAUCCGGCGCUGUCGCACUUGGACAGGCUAUUUGUCACCAAGCAAGGCCUCGCCAUCCCGCGAUUGGACGACAUGGGUCAGCCCAUCUUUGUCCCGCCUUCGCCGGCGACGCAGGUUGCGCGUGCACAGGCAGGUCUGGCCGACGAAGAGGCAAGCGAACCGGUGAUCGAGACCACCUUGUUACCCGCACCAGAGCAGCGGUCGAUCGUGCUGGCGGCGCUCGAGUGUCUGCACGACUUGGCGGCUGACUCUCGAGAAUAUGUGGACCGUCUCGAAGAGGUUCGCUCUCGUCUGGCUGCGGUCAAGCGUCGCCGUGCUCAGGUGUGGAACGCUGUACGCCAGUGGGCGCUGGACAAGGAUGUUGAGGCGUCGCUCGUCAAUGGCGCGAGGCCGGAUCAGAACGGUGCUCCCAAAUCAAUUGUCGAGGCUGCGGCUGCAGCUGCCUCGACGUUGUCGACGGCUGCGAGCACGGCGAAUGGCACCUCGCCCAAGAAGAGGAAGUAA